AUGCUUCGCCGUUUUCUCUGCGCGAACGGUGUGCUCACGCCGGUGGUCAUGACACGCUGCACGUCUACGGAUGCGUACUUGAAUCGUCACAUCGGCCCCACACGUAAGGAGGCGGCCGCAAUGCUGAGGAUUAUAGCCAAGGAAAGUCUCACGGAGCUAAUGACCACAAUACUGCCGAGCGAUAUUCUUCGCCCGCCGCUGAUGGAAUUCAAGUCUUUGAGCGAGACGGAGAUGCUGUCCUACCUGAAGAGUCUAGGUGCACAGAACAAAGUGCUGAAGAGCAUGAUUGGACAGGGGUACUAUGAGUGCAUCGUCCCAGCUGUGAUUGUGCGCAACGUGCUGGAGAACCCCAUGUGGUACACCCCGUAUACCCCGUACCAGUCCGAAAUCUCUCAGGGCCGUCUCGAGGCACUCCUCAACUUCCAGACAAUGGUGACAGACCUGACAAAGAUGGCCAUCUCCAACGCGUCUCUGCUCGACCAGGCCACGGCUGCGGGGGAGUGCAUGUACCUGGCUCUGAAUUAUCAUCGCCAGAAGCGAAGGAAGUUUUUCGUGUCGCAAGACGUAUUCUUAUCAUCGCUUGAGAUGAUCCGCACUCGCGCUCACCCCCUGGGCGUAGAGGUAGUCGUCGGCGAUGUGCAGGCACUCAACCUGGCGGAUGCCGAGCUGAGUGGUAUUUUUGUUCAAUCCCCGGACGCAAGGGGCGCGCUGCACGAUUUUACCGCCGUCUUUGCGAGAGCCAAGGAGAACAAUGUUCUCUGCUGCGCCAGCGUGGACGUAAUGGCGAGCUGCCUGAUCAUGCCGGCCGGCGAGAUGGGGGCGGACGUUGUUGUCGGCAGUGCACAGCGCUUUGGAACUCCGCUGGGCUACGGCGGCCCACACGCCGCUUUUAUGGCCAUUCGAGAUGACCUCAAGCGUUUCUGCCCGGGUCACAUAAUGGGCAUCAGCAAAGACAAUGCUGGUGACCCGGCAAUCCGCAUGGCAUUGCAGACGCGCGAGCAGCACAUCAAGCGCGAGCGUGCUACCUCGAACAUCUGUACGGCACAGGCGCUGCUCGCCAACGUGAAUGCCUUCUACGCAAUCUACCACGGCCCGGAAGGAUUGAAGCAGCUGGCAAAGGAGAUUCACCAAAAGACGAAGCUCUUUGCCGUCGGCAUGGAGUCGCUCGGCUUUGCCCCGAUGAACGACACCUACUUUGACACACUCACCUUCUCGAUGGAGGGAAGCCACAUGACGGCGGGUGACUAUGUCCAGCGGUGUGCCGAGAAGGGGAUCAACAUUUUUGUGGAGCAGUCCGAGAAGUAUGUGUCCAUCUCCUUGGACGAAGCCACCACGGAGGACCAUAUUAUUGCGCUGUUGCAGGCUGCGGGUAUGUCCGCGCCGAACAUGGAGGCGCUUCUGCGCGUUGCCGAAACGAUCUCUGUGAUCCCUGAAUCACUUCAGCGCCGAUCCAAGUUCAUGCAAGGCGCUGUCUUCAACAGCUACAAGAGCGAGACGGAGCUCAUGCGUUACAUUCAGCAUCUGCAGCGCAAAGACUACGGUCUGGCUCACGGAAUGAUCCCACUUGGGUCGUGCACCAUGAAGCUGAACUCGGCGGCUGCGAUGCAGGCGCUGAGCUGGCCAGAGUACAACGCGCUGCACCCCUACGCUCCAGAGUGCCAGGUACGCGGGUACCACGCACUGCUGAUGGACCUGAAGCAGAGGCUGUGCGACAUCACCGGCAUGGAGGCCUGCUCACUUCAACCAAACAGCGGUGCCCAGGGCGAGUACGCCGGCCUGCGUAUCAUUCGCGCCUACCACGAGUCGCGAGGUGAGGGGCACCGCGAUGUCUGUUUCAUUCCUGUUAGUGCACACGGCACCAACCCGGCCUCGGCGGUGCUGUCAGGGCUGAAAGUUGUUACAGUGAAGUGCCUGGACGACGGCCGUGUGGAUAUCGUGGACUUGGAGGCCAAGUGUAAGAAGCACGCGAAGCACCUUGCCUGUCUCAUGAUUACCUACCCCAGCACUUACGGUCUGUACGACAAGGAUAUUCGUAAGAUCACGUUUAUGGUGCACGAGCACGGUGGUCAGUGCUACAUCGACGGUGCUAACCUCAACGCGCUAGUCGGCUACUCUGGGCCCGGCUUCAUCGGCGGGGAUGUAUGCCACAUUAACAUGCACAAGACCUUCUCUAUCCCGCACGGCGGUGGUGGUCCGGGCUUAGGGCCGAUCACGGUACGGCAGCACCUCGCACCGUUCCUUCCGAAUAGCACCUAUGGUCCCUCUGUCGGCGGAUCACGGCCAUUUGGGCAGGUGUCGCAGGCUUCUUACGGGUCAGCUUCCAUUGCCACAAUCUCGUACGCUUUCAUUACGAUGUUGGGGUCUCACGGCCUCAAGACCUGCACCGAGUACGCCGUGCUUAAUGCCAACUACCUGAAGAAGCAACUGGAGAAGCACUACACCAUCUGCUUCCUUGGACCCGAGGACUUCUGCGCCCACGAGUUCAUUCUUGAUCUUCGCCCGUUUAAGAAAAGCGCCCACAUCGAAGCGGAGGAUGUGGCGAAGCGACUCAUAGACUACGGUUUCCAUGCGCCAACGCUGGCGUUCCCCAUUGCGGGAACGCUCAUGAUUGAGCCAACAGAGAGUGAGUCGAAGCAGGAGCUGGAUCGCCUCGCUGACGCUCUCAUCUCCAUCCGCCAUGAGAUCGCCGCAGUGGAGUGUGGCGAUCAGCCGAUGGACAACAACAUACUAACAAAUGCGCCGCACACGGCCAAGUGUGUGACGGCAGAUGAGUGGAACCGCCCGUAUUCGCGGCAGCUUGCUGCCUAUCCCACCCGGCACCAGCACCGCGAGAAGUUCUGGCCAAGCGUUGGUCGCAUCGACAAUGCCUACGGAGAUCUCAACCUGAUGUGCUCAUGCGUCCCGCUGGAGUUUUACAACUAG